AUGUCAGACGACGAGGGAAAUUACGUUGAGCCUACCGUUAACAAGGUUCCAAAUUAUGAGGUUUCUGAACAUGCAUUUAUACUUACACAACGAAGACUAUCUGCACGCCACGCAGAUUCAUUAAAAUUUGUAAUGGAAAAGAUUAAAGAGGAAAAGAUGGCGCCAUACUAUAAGUAUUUAUGUGAGGAAUAUCUUCCUAAUGGCAUGCUGAAGUGGGACCAACAAUUAUACGACUCUUUAACGGACUUGAAUACGCAAGAUAUUACUGAAUUGAAGGAGCAUUUACAGGAGAUAGAGGAGAAGGACGAAGGAGAAUUAGAAAAGGCACAGUGCUGGAUUAAGCUAGGUGAGUAUUAUGCUCAGAUCGGUGAUCGUACCAAUGCAGAAGAAACCUUAACGGAAGCAAUGAACAAAGCUGUAUCAAUGGGCGCUAAGAUUGAUAUUAUGCUCACUAUAACAAGAUUAGGGUUCUUCUACGAUGACCAGAUGUUUGUGAAAGAAAAAUUAGCUCAAAUAAACGCUAUGAUUGAAAAAGGAGGUGAUUGGGAGAGACGCAAUAGAUAUAAGACAUACAAGGGUAUCCAUUGCCUUGCGAUUAGAGAUUUCAAACAGGCGGCAAACUUAUUAGUCGACUCAUUAGCAACAUUUACUUGCGUUGAAUUAACAUCUUAUGAGAAUAUCGCUACCUAUGCGUCUGUGGCAGGUUUGUAUGCGCUUGAAAGAGUUGAUCUAAAGGCAAAAGUCGUCGAUUCUCCCGAAUUAUUGUCAUUGAUGUCAACUACUCCAGCCUUACAGUCUAUUACUUCAUUAACGAUUUCAUUAUACACCUCUGAGUAUUCCAGUUAUUUCCCGUACUUAUUAGAAACUUACGACAACGUUCUCAUCCCAUGUAAGUAUCUAAGCAGGCAUGCUGAUUACUUUGUCAGAGAAAUGAGAAGAAAAGUUUAUGCUCAAUUGUUGGAAUCAUACAAAACCUUAUCUAUAAAAUCCAUGGCUAACAUAUUUGGUGUGUCAGUUGAGUUUCUAGACAAAGACUUGAGUAAAUUCAUUCCAAACAAACAGUUGAACUGCAUCAUUGACCGUGUCAAUGGUAUUGUUGAGACGAAUAGACCUGACAAUAAGAACGCACAAUACCACCAGUUGAUAAAAAAUGGAGACAGUUUAUUAACAAAGUUACAAAGAUAUGGGGCUGCUGUGAGAUUAACUGGUACUGACCGUUCAACCUAA